AUGGCGCUUAUAAAAGUGUCAAUCAAAACUUCUGCUCAGUCUAGCUCUACAGGUCCCAUUGACAUCAUUGCAGUUCUUGGAAAGGCUGGGACACUGAACUCAUUCAUUGAUCAGCAGAAGCUCGCCCUGACACAAUUCCAUAUAGUACAUUCUUUCUUUACUGUCCCACAGUUCCAAACUGUGAGCAACCCUCUGCACACAGAGGCAGGUGAAAAUUCUGCUGAGUUUCCUCUGAAUGUGAUAGGGAACGGAACUCAGGUGAACAUGACAACAGGCCUUGUGAAUACAACAGUGGACAGCACAGUAUACAGUGAUGGUCAGCUCGCUGUGUAUGAGAUCCCCCAGGUUCUCCUUUCACAAGGUAUCCUCAGGACUCAAGCACCAGCACCGGCUCCUCUACCUCAAAAGCCUAAGAAGGUUACUCCCCUUAAUUCACAGGCUCCUUCAACGUCGACCACCUCUGCUGUUGAUUCUUCUGAUGGGACAGCACUGCCCAACCAUGCAACGAUUGUGGUAUCCAUUGGAGUGGCUGUUCUUGCGGCAUUGCGCUUGUGCCUAUGA